CGGAACUGAAAGCAUGAGUGAGUUCUGGCUGUGUUUCAACUGCUGCAUCGCGGAGCAGCCUCAGCCUAAAAGGCGGCGACGGAUUGACCGAAGUAUGAUUGGGGAGCCGACAAACUUUGUCCACACAGCUCAUGUCGGGUCGGGAGACCUGUUCAGCGGAAUGAAUUCAGUUAGCUCCAUUCAGAACCAAAUGCAGUCCAAGGGCGGCUACGGUGGGGGCGGCAUGGCGGCCAACGUGCAGAUGCAGCUGGUGGACACCAAGGCGGGAUAGCCCCGGCCGGCCAGUCAUUGUGAACUUGGAUAUUUUCUCUGUCCACUACUCUAUCAUUUUUGUCUUGUGAUUGCAUUCUUUCAUUUUUAAUUACAAAAGAAGUGUGAUGGCACCCUCGUGACGACGCCAAUGAUGCUGCUGUUUUGCCUCAGACGACGCCAACGGUGCAUGGGGCGGGCAGUGCUCAGGGGACUGCAGUGCUCACAGCGUGGUCGGGAGGGGUCUGACCGUAGCAUGAUCUGUUCCGUGAAUGCCAGCACCGUUCUGCAAUUUUCCCAUCUUAAACAUUUCCUUUCUGCCUUGUGAUUUUUCUGGUAAGCGGUGACCUGUUGUUGUUAACUUGCCACCAUUUAUUGUAUACUUGGGAAGGUAUGAGACCCACAAGCACAACAAUCCUUUUUGUUUGUUUGAAACUUCAGCAGAAUAGAUAUUUGCAUGCUUUAUGGAGUUGAGUUGGUGGUCCACGGGAUGUGAGAAACGGGCGCUUCUCUUCUGCCCUGGGCUGAUGAUCUGCUGCUAUUAGAGAGUUUAGCUGUGGCACCAAGUCGUAUCAGUUGUCCACAGAGGAAGCUAACUUUGUAGCUUGUUUUCAGGCAUCUUGACUUUUUGGUCUGUCUGACUAGAACUGCAAUAAGAGAAAAGCUUGUGUUCAUAAGGCAUUCCUUCUAUUGUAAAUGUCCAGUGUAUUUAUUUUGAGAGCAAGGACCUGUGGCUGUGAACAGGUGUGGUUGUGUAUCUGUGUGUUAUGGUGAGACUCAUCCUGUCCAGUUCUGAGCAGUCUGCAUCCUGUUACCUGUUCAUCCUUUGUGUACUCAUUUUCUUUUUACUGUCUUUAUGUGUAAUAUUUUGGUAUCCAGUUGUUUCUGCCAGCAGUGUGUUGGACUUCAGCCCCAUGCUACUAA